UACGCGUGGCUGUAUGAAGGAUCGCAAAUUAUGGUGAUCCUGGGCGGCAUUGGUGUUGUGGCGGUUGUUCUUGCUGGCGUCAUGUUCCCGCUGUGGCCGUCGGUGCUUCGGAACGGCACAUGGUACUUGUCGAUGCUGGCGCUGGGUCUGCUGGGUCUGCUGUUUGCCACAGCCAUUGUAAGGCUGAUCGUUUAUGUCAUCACGGUGGCCACCCAGCCGAGGGGCCUGUGGAUCUUCCCGAAUCUGUUUGCCGACGUGGGGUUCUUUGAGAGCUUUGUGCCGCUGUACGGAUGGGAUGAG